AAGCUGCCGUCUUCAUUUGAGCUUUUCUUUAGUGUUCUCGUGAGACGUGUAGAAACGCCGACUCAACACCAAGCCAAACCGUAGCCAAUGAAGAGAACGUCGUUGUAAGCUUGACCAUUUACUUUUGACAUUUCGUCAUAGACAAGAUGGUGAAAAACUGAAAAGAACAAAGAGACACAAACACACUUAUUGCCUCUGUACAUAUUUGUCUACUAUGACAUACAAGAUGUAACUGUAAUGUCCCAAAAUGUCCAACAGAGGGAGACUCCCGUCUGCCGAAUGACUUGAACAUAUCGGCACUAUUCCCCUUGUUAACGUGUCCAACAUGUUAACUUGUUAAAGACAACUUACGGCAUUGCUUCUUCGCCGUUUUGUGUAGGAUGGCAACAGAAAUUACAACAGAAGACCGCAACAUGUAUGACUUGCUUUCGAACGUAAAUUUAGCGGAAGUGACAUCAUCUAACUGCUGUUUACCGAUUAUAGCAUACAAUAAAUAUAAACCACUUUAGCUCAAAAUUAAAGCAUUGCAGUCACUAAUACAAAAUUAUUAUCAGGUAACAAUUGACAUUUUCUGUUACAAAAAAAACAAAUAGUUUUGCUAUUCAAAUACUAUGAAUGCACAUACUGUUUUUUUAAAAUAUUUUUUGAAUCUCAUAAUCGUGAAACGUACCGGGGGUGACAACCACUACAACCGCUUUUUAUUCUGAAAUAAAACCCGGAAGUACACGAUCACUUCCGGGUUAAUCUUUGUCGUUCAUCUACAAGUAAUCAACAAACAGCUGAAGUAAAAGUUAUAACAUUAUGAUUUAAGAUAAGAAGUAAGUAAAUGCGUAUCUACAGAAAAAAUAAUAUGUUCCCUGGUAAAGUAAAUUUUAGGUGGUCUGUCUGCCUUAUGGAUAGCAUAGAUGCUAAAUAGAUGGAAACAUGCGUUAGCAUACAUGCUAAAUAGACGAAAACAAGGGCAAAGAUAAAUGAGAUAGUUGCUAUUAACGUAUAAUUAUAGUCACAAUGCUUUUAGUUCAUAAGUGUUGUCUCUUUAAUCGGGUGUACAACUCAAAACCACAAGCUAGCGUACUGCAGGUUUUGAGACAGUUUGAGACGUCUGGCAACUUCCUGCGAGCAAUUAAAGAACCAAAACAAUACGGAAGCACGAUGGCGAAACGAACGAUAUCAUCACAUUCUUCCUCUUCCAACGAAGACGGACAAAGUAGACUGAAGAGAGUUUCCAUUGAGGGAAACAUUGCUGUUGGGAAGUCAACCUUCACACGACUCUUGAAGGCUGCUUGUCAAGACUGGGAGGUGGUGACUGAACCUGUCAGUCAGUGGCAGAACAUUGACAGCGGGCCCUCAAAGGGGACGGCAGGUGCACCGCCACAGAAGACUGUGAGCAACCUGCUGGAGAUGAUGUACCGGGAUCCUCAGCGCUGGUCCUACACCUUCCAGACAUACGCCUGCAUGACCCGCUUCAAAACACAACUGCAGCCUCCACCUGCACACCUGCUCUCAUCACAAGGGACCCCAGUGCAGGUUUAUGAGCGCUCCAUAUACAGUGACAGAUACAUCUUUGCUUUGAACAUGUAUGAACUGGGAUGCAUCAACGCGACAGAGUGGGCCGUCUACCAGGAUUGGCACUCACUACUGGUGGAACAGUUUGGACACCGGGUGGCGCUAGAGGGCAUUAUAUAUCUCAAAGCUUCUCCUGAGAAAUGUAUGGAGCGGCUGGAGCGGCGAGGCAGGCCGGAGGAGAAGACCGUGGAACUGGACUAUCUCUACAAGUUACAUCAACAACACCAAAGGUGGCUUGUGGAGAAAAGCACAGAGAUCCAUUUUGACACGUUGAAAAAGAUUCCUGUGCUGGAGCUCGAUGUCAGUGUGGAGUUUCAGAGUGACGCAACAGUACAGGAGAAGUUCAUCAGUCAGGUGCGGGAUUUCUUCAGUACGUUAUGAGGCGUCAUCAAGUACCUUCAAAUCGAGUUCUUAUGAAGUACUUACCGUAGGACCACCCUGUUUUUCUUUUAAUCUUUUAUGAUCUAAUGCACAUUGAUUUCACAUAAAGUACACCAAUACAACACCGUAUCUCUACAAUACUCAUGCUGAUUCUGUACAUGGGAACAGUAACAUAAUAUAAAUACGUGUCAGGAUGAUAUAAUGCAGAUUACAACCUUGUGAUGGUGUACAACUGCACUGCAUUGCAACUUUUUAGCUUGUUCUAAAAUGUUGGUUACUUAGCUACUGUCAUCCCUCGUUUAUUGCUGUUAAUUGGUACCGGACAUAUUUUCAUAGUUAAACUGUUUAUGAUCUUCUAAAUACAUACAUAUAUAAUUAAAGACCUCUAAAAAUAAAAUCCUACAUAUAGUCACCUUACACUCAUUUCACACUAUAGUAGCCUGGCGUGUGUUCUACUGUAGGUUACAGUACUGAGCAGGUCCUCCAAGCGUCAUUAUUAUGGCCAUCACCCGCCACUACAACAUGGCCAUGACAUAGAAAUACUUCACACACA